ACUCAUUGCCAUCUGUGUUUGAAAUGAAAAACCAGCAAUUUUUUUUUGAAUAGUGUUUUUGUUGUAGUAAUUAAUUAAUAGUAUUUGUGUUAAAAUAAUUGUUCAAUUUUGUUCUUUUACUAUGAACUAUGGUUGAUAAUACUCCAAAUAUAAGACCAGUUCCACAUUUUUUUAAUGAAAACGUCUUCCUUUCAAAAAAAGCUCGUAGUUCAACCCCAUGUAAGAAGAAAAUACCACCUCGACCACCUUGUAAGAGUUUACCACCAAAAGGAAGACUUUUCUCAGACAGCAAAACCAGUCGUGCACAAGCUGUUAGUUUUAAGGAGAGUGACUUCUCUACUUUGAGUAAAGAUUAUGACGAAACACGAAGUGAAUCAUAUUUCCAACAAUGCUUCAAAAUCGAGAAGAAAAUUGGAUCCGGAUCUUUUGGUAAUGUUUAUAAAUGUAUAAGUAAAGAUGAUGGUAAAUACUAUGCAAUUAAAAAAUCUCGUGAAAGAUAUAAAGGUAAAUCGGAUCGAGAUCGAAGAUUACAGGAAGUAGCAAAACACGAACAAUUACCAGGGCAUCCGAAUCUUGUCAAAUUCUACAAAGCUUGGGAAGAGAAUGGAUACUUAUAUAUUCAAACAGAAUUAUGUGAUUGUAGUUUGAGCGAGUUUCUGGAAAUCAAUCAUGAUAUCGCCGAGCCAAUGGUUUGGAACUUUCUAGCCGACCUUUUAUCUGCCUUAAAACAUUUACAUGAACGUGAUUUAAUUCAUCUUGAUAUCAAACCUGAUAAUAUUUUUAUAUCUAAAGAUGGUCUCUUUAAGUUAGGAGAUUUUGGACUGGUCGUUAAAGCUUCUGAAAUCGAUAUUGACGAAGUAACUGAAGGAGAUCCCAAAUAUCUUGCGAAGGAACUUAUGCAAGGAAAAUUCACCAAAGCAGCAGAUAUAUUCAGUCUCGGAAUCACAACUUUAGAGCUGGCCUGUGAUUUAGAAGUGCCUAGUAAUGGAAAUGGGUGGCAUCAACUGCGGGAAGGAAAAAUGCCUGAACAUUUCUUUAAUAAAUUAACCCCUGAAUUGAGAAAAGUUAUUUUAAACAUGAUGCAUCCUGAUUACAAGCGUCGAUGGACCGCAGAAGAACUUUUGGAAUAUCCACCUAUUUCACGAAUAUCACGGAAACGUCGAUAUUGGAUAAAAUGGCGAUCAAGCCUUAACUUCAUUAGCGAUUGUUUCCAGUGGUUCAUUAUAUUUCUCAUGAAAAUAUUUUUGCUUUCAUUUGUUUUCUCUUUUAUCAAAAAGAAAUUUCCUCACCGUAGAAACUCAGGAUCUCGGACGCCGCCUCGCAAAAACUUUUCCCCUGAUUGGGACCAAAGCUUUUCAGACGAUGAUGUAUUUGAAAACAGUUUUCUCUUUUCUCCAUUACAUGAUGAGAUGAAUUCUUCAUUUAUGAGUGAUAGACAUUUAAUUAGCGAUUCUUUUAUCAACAACCCAAACAGAUUCACUUCAACAGCAUCUAAAAUCAAAAGACAGUCCAAUUUAUCGACAUCUUCUUAUAUGCCCUUGACACCUUUAAGGCGGUCUCUUUUCAGUAAUGAAAGGCCGUCACUGAUUGCAAGAACACCUGGAUUGCAGGAUAGCUUCAAUGAGAGGAUAAGUUUUUGUGAUCUUUCUGACGAUGACGACGAGUUAAAUAUUACAAAUCAGAUGUGCCCUAAAAAUUUAGAGAAGAUAUUUGAUAAAAUGGAAAACGAAGAAGACGCUGUUUCAAUGAAUAACAGUUUUCUCCACGUAAAAUAAUUAACAUCAACCAAAAUAUGUAAACCAUCUAUUUUCCUGUUCACCUUUUUAAGACUUUUUAAGACCUUGCUUAAACAAUAAAUCUUUUCAAGAGUCAAUUGUUAA